UCUCAACAUCACGUAAGUAAUUUGAUCUGUUGUAUUCGGCCAACAGGCGACCUCCUUCCUUCCUCCCGUCGUGUGCACCUGGGUUUUCAAUGGCCAUACUGCAAUCCCCAAUAACCUUCAUAGCCUCUAUACCAACUGUGACACGUUAUUUCACCUUGGCUACUGUUACGUUAUCUCUGGUUUACGCAUGGCUCCAAUGGAAUUCUGAAGGCGCGAAGCUGUUUCCGUAUCUGGUGCUUGUGCCGGGCUCAAGCUUGUUCUAUCCUUGGACAUUUAUAACAUCUGCCCUUGUAGAAACGACCUUAUGGGAGCUAGCAAUCACUGUCAUCACAAUACCACCCACCUUGAAAUACUUGGAACGACUGUGGGGAAGCAUAGAAACCCUCAAAUUUAUAAUAGCUACUGUCUGCGUCUCGAACAUAAUCGCGUUUGGAUUCAACUGGAUAGAAUUCAUCGGUACCAGCAAUGCAGACUUGUUUCUGUAUGGCAUGAACUAUCAUGGUCAAAUGUCGCUGCAGAUUGGGGUCCUUGUCGCUUUCACACAGCUGAUUCCUGAACAUCAGGUCCAAUUUCUAGGUUUUCUCAAGAUGCGAGUCAAGAGUCUACCCAUGACAUAUCUCACUUUAUCAACCGUCAUGACCAUCCUUGGCUUCCAAUCUCCUUGGAUUAUCAUCCAAUUCGGCUGGUUUGUCAGUUGGAUAUACCUCCGCUUCUACAAAAAGAACUCCAACGAUACAGUCGGAGGCGUCGAAAGUUAUGGAGAUCGAAGCGAAACAUUUUCUCUAGUAUCAUGGUUUCCUCCAUUUACCCACAUUGUCUUGGGUCCUGGCGGUAACUUUGUCUACAAGUGGGCAAAUACCCUUCACCUCAUACCUUCUCAUGGCGGAGACAUCGAAAGUGGGUUUAGUACAAUACCUGGGAGUGCUCGGGCGGAGGCUGAAAGACGACGCGCAAUGGCCUUGCAGGCCCUUGAUCAGCGCCUUGCUAAUACAAGUUCUUCAACUCAAUCGACUGCGCCUGUUUCAGCUCAUACACCUCGCCCGCCACCCGCUGUCGCUUCUCCUCGACCAGAAAAAGUUGCACCUCCAAUUGAUCACGUUGCGAGAACUAGUUCCGACUCAGAGAGUGGAGAUCUUGGUACGACGGAAGCUAGCAAAUAGUAUACACAUCAUGAUUUGAUUCUUGGCAUCACGCUCUGUAUAAUCUACAAAAGGACGAUGCUAGUACGAUACUCGUCCAUACCGUUUAAUUAUAUCUCUAUCCCAUUUUCGUGUAUGUACAUAAGGAGCUCAAACUGUCGACUCUGGCACUGGCUG